CUGCCGCCGUUGCCCGGAUGCGGCUCCUCCCCCGCAAGAUGGCGGUGGGGCGGGCGGCGGCCCCGCUGUAGCGCCCGGUGCCGGUGCCGGCCCCGCCAUGGCGGACCUGGGCCGGCAGCUGCACGAAUACCUCGCGCAGUCCAAGGCUGCCGCCGCCGGCGGCCCCAGCGCGGGCCCCGCGUCGCCGCCCGCCGGCGGCUCGCAAGCGGAGGCGGGGGACAGCGGUGGUGUGCGGGCCUGGCUGGGCGCGCUGAACCCGUUCCCACCGGGCGCUGUCCCCGGCGCCCCGGGCGGCGCUGCGUGGCCGUGGGCGGGCGAGGUGGACCCGUGGCUGCCGGGGCUUUCGCGCUGGCAGCGGCUGGUGGGCAGCGCGCUGUGCGUGCUGCUGGCCGCGCUGUGCUUCGGGCUGGCCGCGCUGUGCGCGCCGCUGCUGCUGCUCCGCGCCCGCAAGUUCGCGCUUCUCUGGUCGCUCGGCUCGCUGUGCGCGCUGGUCGCCGCCGCGCUGCUGCGCGGGCCCGCCCGGCUGCUGCGGGAGCCCGGGCGCGGGGCGCUGCUGUACCUGGCGGCGCUGUUCGGGACGCUGUACGCCGCGCUGGGGCUGCGCAGCACCGCGCUCACCGCGCUGGGCGCCGCCGCACAGCUCGGCACCGCCGCCGCCGCGCUCCUGGCCGCGCUCCCCGGCGGGGCCGCUGGCCUGCGCCGCUUGGCCGGCCUGCUCCGCGCCGCGCUGAGCGGCCGAGGCAAGGCACUGCCCGUGUGA